AUGCUCGCUUAUGAUGCGGACCUACUUCUUUGGACCAUACUUAUUGUACUUGUUGUUUUGAUAUCGAUGUCCUUAUGCGGUAAGAACAGGAAAACUGUGCACGAAACCGAAGAGGAUGAAGAGGAUGUAAAGACAGCAGUUUCAAAGAAGGUAAGCAGUGAAUGGAUUGGUUUUUGA